UGGGGGGAGUUGGCAAGCUCUUGUGCCCCCCUCAUCUCUGCGUGCACGACUCUCUCCUCCGCAGUGCACUGCUGGACAGCGCUGAGCGCGGAGUACAGGACAGUAGGCUACAGGACAGUAGCGCGCAUCAGCGGGUGGCACGCGCUUCCGUAUAGUCCUAAAGUCCCAAACAGCAGCAGCGCACAAGAGGAGCGCCCUCAUGGAGCUAAUAUGAACUAUCCGAUGGCUGAGCUUCACUUCACAACCCACACUGACACAUUUACAGUUUGAGAGGGAAGGGAAGGCACGCGUCAGACAUGGACACCUCGCUGUGGAUCGUGAUUUGUGCAGCGCUGGGGCUGGUGUCAAGCUCGAAGCUGGAGCUGGCGGUGGAAGAGGAGUGUGAGUCGGGCAGCUUCACCCACAGCGGCGAGUGCUGUGUGCAGUGUCCUCCAGGAGAGGGAGUGAUCAAGGAGUGUGGAGCCACCCAGACUGAGUGCACUCAGUGCCUUGAUAGUGAGACGUUCUCUGCCACGUUCAGUCACACAGACAAAUGCCAGGUGUGUACUGAGUGCACAGGCCUCAUGAGAAUGCAGACGCCCUGCACUGACUCCAAUGACGCCGAGUGCGUGUGCAACUAUGGCUACUUCAUGAACGUGUUGAGCAGCCGCUGCGAGCCCUGCACUGUGUGUCCACUGGGUCAGGGUGUGGAUAUGCGCUGCGAACUGAACCACGACACAGUGUGUGAGGAGUGUCGGGAUGAAACCUACUCUGAUCAAGAGAACACGAUGGACCCCUGCAUGCCCUGCACAAUCUGCGAAGAGGAUACAGAGAUACUGCUCAGAAACUGCACACCAACUGAAGAUGCACUGUGUCACGAUCCACUGAGUCCCACCUAUCCCACUUCCACGGGUGAUUCUGGUUCAUUUGACACUGAUUUAGAUCGUCUGUGGAGCCCUAGCCCUGGAGAUGAUGCCACCACACCCAAACCCAGCUCCCCUCACUUCAUUGGCAGAGGGCUAAAUGAGAACCUGAUCCCCAUCUACUGUUCUAUCCUGGCUGCAGUUGUGGUCGGCCUCCUGGCGUACAUCAUUUUCAAAAGGUGGAACAGCUGCAAGCAGAAUAAACAGGCAGCUAACAAUCGCGCAGCCACAGCCAAUCAGACACCAUCUCCAGAAGGGGAGAAGCUGCACAGUGACAGCGGCAUCUCAGUGGACAGUCAGAGUCUGCAGGAGCAGCAGGCGCAGACACAGACGCAGGCACAAGCGCAGGCCCACACACAGCUUCAUGCAGCAGAGCAGAUCGUGGUGAGAGUGGACGGAGCGACUCAGCCUGACUCUCCUCCAGCUCAGGCCUAACCAGCGAGGAAGAGGAAGCUACGUUAUCAAUAUAUCAAUAGAGAGAGGAAGAAAGUUAGACUGGAGAGGAGAAAGCAAGCAGAAUGAGGAGAAUGGAGAAGUUAAAGCCAUGACGGCCAACCGGCGAGGUACGCCGAGACUUAAGUGACCAAACCUUUGAUCCUGUUGAACCCAGCUUGGACAAUUCAUUGAUGAGCAGAUUCAACAGCACCAAUGGAUCCACAGCGAUCUUCAGACUCACUGGCCUAAAGUAGCAACAUCUAAAUAAACAUAUGCCUAUUACUCUGAAGACCAUGAUGUAUACGAGACCCACCACAAACUCUGAUGAAUGUUUUACACAUACUCUCAGAUGUAGUAACGUGUCCUUGUGACACAAACUCUGGAUGCUUCACUAAAGGAAGUAAAAAGACGUCUAUUUAAGGCUUGGUGGAUAUCUCAAAGUUUAGCAGCCGCACUGUGGUUCCUCAACCUGGACUGAUCUAAUAAGGAUUUAGUUUUUUGCCUUAUCUUUGAAGUAUUAAUACAUUUUUUGUCUAUAGCAUCAAGGCCCUUUAUUUAAUCUGAAUUGUAGCCGUUUUCAGCCCUGCGGGAUUGUAUGCAUUUAACAAGACUAUCGGUCACCAUCUAGUUUCUCAAAGCGACUGAUCAGCGCAGGUCAGUGUUUAUAGGCAACAGCAACGCACGACUGUGACAUUUGCUGACCUUUGCUAAUGUAAUGACUCAGAUCUAUACUUAGCUAGCCGUCUCUUUUCUCUCUUUCACACUCUCUGACAGCUAUUUCUCUAUAAAAGACACACACACAAAGCGUGUCACAUUCCCUGCCUUCCUCUAGUCAUCACAGAUUAGGUUUCAUUGCCUACAUGCUCUCGCUUUACCUCUUCGGAAAUCUGAGUCACAACGCAAACACAAAACCAGAGCUAUUUUCAGGCCGUCAUCUUUAUGUCCUAUCAUUAAUUCAACCAUACUUUUUUUUAAUUUCAGGGUUUGAUAGAAUUGUGUGGAAAUUUGGUUCUGAAUCAGAUUUAAAUUAACAGCCAAGUGGCUGGAUUCACAAAACUCCAUAAGAAAAUAAAAGACUUCUUAAAUGACAUUGAAUGAAAAACGUUGGGAAUAUUUGUGACCUUAGACCACAAAACCACUAUGUCAGAAGUGUCAAAUUUUUAAAAUUGCAAUUUAUACAUCAUAUAAAAGCUAAACAAAUAAGCUUUCCAAUAAUGCAUGUUUUGUUUUGAUAGGACAAUAUUCAUCCAUUCCGAAUGUUAUCACUUUGAUCAAAUGGUCGUUAUCAGUGGUUAGCAGCUGAUAGGUAUGGGCCAGUAGGGGCCUUCUGCACCUACUGGUAGGCUCGUAAGGCUGUUAUAAUCCAUCUACAUGGUUAAUGAGUUUUGAGUUGCCUUAACUUAUUGGGUUUUACAGUACUCAAUUUGAGAUCUCUUCAUUUAUUGG